AUGAUUUUGACGACCGCGAAGAAUCUCCCUGAAUUCAACCGAUUUGCCGUCGCCAUCGAAUUUCGGAAUAAGGAUAAUAAUAAUUUGGGUGAAGCCCACAUUGAGGUUGAUUUCGUGAUGCGUUAUGCCUUCUGCGCUGCCUUCCUCGCGAUAUUCUUGAUGAUGAUCGCAUUGAUCGUGAAACUCCUAUGGAUCUCGGAUGGAGACGAAGCAAGCAGUGCUUCACGGAGACCAACCGAGAGCACCACAUUGUUGCCUUCGAAAGGUCAAGAGUUUGUGGUUACUAUUUAUGGCACAAACGAUAGUGAUCACGAUCACUGCGAAUCGGGAAGCAACAACGGUUGUUCGUCUUCAUCCGAGGAUCUGUACGACGGCAAAAUAUGUGUCAUUUGCUAUGACGACCAAAGGAACUGCUUCUUCAUUCCAUGCGGUCAUUGUGUUACCUGCCACAAGUGCGCCCAUAGAAUUGUGAAGGAAGAAAGCAAGAGUUGCCCGAUUUGCAGGGGAAUUAUCUACAAAAGCGACGCUACAGAUAUCAGAAGCAACGUUGAGAUCGCCGCAUCAAGCUCCGAGGUCGGAGCAUUGACCGCAGCGAUGGUGGACUUUUGGCAGGACACCACUAACCGGGAUUACCGAACGAACCGUGCGCCAGGCGGAGCACAUGGCGGGAGCGGCAGGGGGCGCCGUGGGUGGGGUUAA